AUGCCUGUCUACGUUAUUGUGGGAGCCUCAAGAGGCUUGGGUUACCAAUUCCUCAAAACCAUAUCCGAGCAGGACCCCUCCAACAUCGUUAUCGGAACAGCCCGGACUGUAGACAAAGCCCAGGAGAAGGUCAAAACCGAUGGCCUAAAGAACGUCCACAUUGUCCACGGUGACAUGGACGACCACGCCUCUCUCACCGCCGCCGCAAAGAAGACCGCCGAAAUAUCUGGCGGUGUGGUAGACUACCUCAUCGUCAACGGCGCCUACUUCGCCAUGCCCGCCUUUGCCAACGCUGCGGACGACUACGUAGGCAAAGAAGACCUCUUCCUCGACGAGCUCAGGCAAAUCAUGCAGACAAAUGUUGCCGGCACGCUCUUCGCAUUCAACGCUUUUAUGCCGUUGAUAUUGAAAUCCUCAAUCAAGCGCGUCGCGGCCAUUUCCUCCGCUGCCUCCGACAGGAACUACAUCUUCGAAGGCGAGGACAUAAACAGUCUGCACUACGCUACCUCCAAAGCCGCGCUGAACACGCUGGUCGCUAAGUUUGCAGCGAGAUAUAAGCACGAUGGAGUGCUGUUUGUCAGCCUCAGCCCGGGUUGGGUCAAUACACAUGAUGACAUUCCUAAGGAGAUCAUGGACAAGGUCACUGUGUCGCUGUUUCGGUUCGACAAGGCGUUGAAGGGACCACUUACGCCGGCUCAGAGCGCGGAGAAGUGUCUCAGGGUCAUGGAUGGUUUGAAAAAAGAGCAGAGUGGGGAGUUCUUGAGCCAGCAUGGGAAUCGCAUUUGGUUAGAUGAGAAAUGA